CUCUGCUCUUGAACCUCAGGGCAGCCUGACUUCAGUAGGACUGUAAUCAUUUGCAAAAAGAAGUUGUUCUUUCAGUGGCAGCUGCUUAAACUUGCCUCCUUAAGAGUCAAGGAAAAGACCACCUCAUGGAAUGGGAUCAGGGAGCCCCCAAUGAGACCCAGGCCAGCCCUGUCCUGGGGCACCUGCUGAGGGACCACUUGGAGGGGAGGAACAGCACCAACUCCACCAGGGCCCUGAAGCUUCCAGAUGGGACCAGCGCUGCCUGGUACAUCCUCACCAUCAUUGGCAUCUACGGAGUGAUUUUCGUCUUCCGAUUGGCCAGCAACAUCCUCAGAAAGAACGAUAAGUCCUUGGAAGAUAUUUAUUACUCAAAUUUAACCUCUGAACUUAAAAAGAAAGGGCUCCAGAAUAAGGUAGCCAAAUGCUCAUCACUGACUAUUAGCAACACAGCUGUCCUGCAGCCCAACCAAGCCAGCCUGGGGACAAUGUGUGGAAACAGCAGUCCCCACACCAAAAUCCAAGGGAUCCCUUGAAAGUCAAGGCAAGCAGAAGAGGCACAAACUUCUUGCUUGGGGAGCAGCUUUGGGUUUACCUGGAACCUGGAGAGAG